AAGCGCUGCAAGAAGGCGGUCACCAAUCAGCGCUCUUUUUCGCCAUGGGCCACUAUAACAGUGCUGUGCCGCAUCCAUAAAGGCGGGUAAGUGCGAGAUAUAGUAUGACAUUUCAAGCUCAAUUAAGGAUGUGUGUCUUGAAGGGGUUGGUGGCGUAGCGGCGAGUGUUCUAAGCAGGAAAGUACACUUACUUCUCUCUCCAGUAGGCAACCCAAGCUACCUACCACACUCUCUUGCUGUCCGAUUCCUGGCGAAUGCCGCGCGGUGUCUCUCCGCGAUCAAGAGCGUCAAUCCUGGAUCCGCAGGACGAGUCGUAUCAGCCUCUCGAAGAUGUCGACUUCUUCUUACAGCUGUGGACGAAGUGUUCGCGAAAGAGCAAACUCCAAGAACCGUGGUCCUGUCCAAACUCUCCCAGUACCAAGGGGGUCCGUAUGAUAGUCCUAUAUGCUGCUCGCCUCCCUUCCCUUGCUACUGCUCGCGUCGCCGUCUACACAAAGAGCUCAGAGCAGGUGCGUGGGCGGGGUAUGUCGCUGUCAGUCUUCGCCGCGAGCUGCUGCUCAGACACUCCGGAGUCUUGCAGCGGGGUGUUAGGCCAGCCGGACGUUCUGGAAGAAGGGCAAUUGUAUGUGAGAGUAUUCGUUGCCCGCUGCAACAAGGUUGUUGUGCGCGAAAGAGCGCAGAGAUCCCAAGUCCAGCGCCAGCGCCAGCGCCGGCACGUACCGGAGACAAAGCGAACAAACUCCGCAGUCUCAUCCUAAAGAUAGACCUGUUUUAAAAC